AUGGAUUCUGAGUUUACUAGUUUGCAACAACAGCAUACAUGGUCCUUGGUGUACAAAGUUAAGAGGAAUAGUGAUGGUUCUAUUGCUAGGUUCAAGGCUAGGCUUGUUGCUAAGGGUUACUUACAACAAUAUGGUCUAGAUUAUGCAGAAACUUUUAGUCCAGUGGUUAAGCCUACAACUUUAGAUGUCUCUAAUGCUUUUCUUCAUGGGGUGUUGCAAAAUGAGGUUUAUAUGAGUCAGCCCCCUGGUUACAAGGAUAUCUCCAAGCCUCAUCAUGUUGUUUACUUACUUUUGUAUGUAGAUGACAUCAUUAUUACUGGCAGUGAUAAGGUGCUUGUUGUUGAUAUUAUUACUCAGCUUAGGGUUUCAUUUGCUCUCAAGGAUUUAGGUCCUUUGCACUAUUUUUUGGGGCUGCAGAUUGAAUAUUCUGGUGAUGGUAUUUUUGUACAUCAAUCCAAAUAUGCCAAAGAUUUGCUGUCUAGAUUUCAUAUGAUGGACUGUAAACCUUGUUCUAAUCCGUGUGCCUCUUCUCAAUCUUCUGCUCUUGCUGUUAGUCCUCUUCUCUCUGAUCCAACAACCUAUAGAAGUCUUGUUGGUGCUUUACAAUACUUGACAUUCACUAGGCCUGACUUGUGUUAUGCUGUCCAGAAGGUCUGUCAAUUCAUGAGCAAGCCUUCUCAACUUCAUCUUGUUGCUGCUAAAUGGAUCUUGAGAUACUUGAUGGGUACAUUGCAUAAAGGGAUUUACUUUUGGCCUGGUUCUCUCACCCUUUCAGCUUAUUGUGAUGCUGAUUGGGCAGGAGAUCCUAUUAAUAAGAGGUCCAUUACGGGUAUGAUUGUUUUCUUAGGCAAUUCUCCUAUCACUUGGUCCGCUAAGAAGCAGGCUGUUGUGUCUCGGUCUUCCACUGAAGCUGAGUACAAGUCUCUUGCUCAUACAACAGCUGAGUUAUAUUGGUUGCGUAUGCUUCUUAAGGACUUAGGGGUUUAUUUGCAUCAUCCUCCUAUUUUAUGGUGUGAUAACUUUUCAUCUCUUGCUUUGGCCUCAAAUCCUAUCUUUCAUGCUCGCGCAAAACAUAUAGAGGUUGAUUAUCAUUUUGUUCGAGAAAAGGUGUUGAAUAGAGAUAUGGUUAUCAAGUACAUCUCUACCUUGGAUCAACUGGCUGAUAUAUUCACCAAAGGAUUGCCAUCUCCUUGGUUUCAUGCUUUGUCCUACAAACUCAUGGGGACUCCUCCCCUUCGUUUGAGGGGGGAUGUAAAGAAUGAUGGUGAAUCUGUCAACAGAGAUAUAAAACAGAGCACAAACGACUUGUAG